GGCGGAUCCAGGAUCCCCCAAACUUGGGAACACGGGGUUACCAGGGAGAGAGCGGAGGAGUAUCCGAGGAGCCCUAAGCGCGAGGAUUCUUGAUGAAAAGCACUGUGAAGAAUGGUCUCUGUGGACCUGGAAGGGCUGAAACAUCAAUGACUCGAGAAGAGAAGGCCAAGGACCUUAAGGCAGGCAUGAGUCAAGAACGAGUUACUCCUGGGCUGUGGACCAUUCACCGAGAUGGAGAAGUCCUUAUGAGGCUUUCAAAACACGGGCCAGGCCAUGAGACCCCCAUGACCAUCCCUGAAUUUUUUCGGGAGUCAGUCAACCGAUUUGGGACUUAUCCAGCCCUCGCAUCAAAGAAGAAUGGAAAGUGGGAAGUUCUGAAUUACAACCAGUACUACGAGGCUUGUCGGAAAGCUGCAAGAGCCUUACUCAAGCUGGGCUUGGAGCCUUUCCACUCAGUCGGCAUCCUUGGGUUUAACUCAGUCGAGUGGUUCCUUGCGGCUCUUGGCGCCAUCUUCGCGAGGGGCUUCUGUGUUGGUAUUUAUGCCACCAACUCUGCGGAAGCCUGUCAACAUAUCAUUGCUCACGCCAAAGUGAACAUCCUGCUGGUGGAAAAUGACCUACAGCUGCAGAAAAUCCUUUCGAUUCCAAAGACCAAGAUGGAGACUCUAAAAGCAAUCGUUCAGUACAGGCUGCCAGUGAAGAAGAGCAAAUGUAACAACCUGUACUCUUGGGAUGACUUCAUGGAGCUUGGCAACAGCAUCCCCGAGUCCCAGCUGGACCAGAUCAUAAAGAGCCAGAAGGCCAAUCAGUGUGCUGUGAUCAUCUACACUUCUGGGACCGUAGGCUAUCCCAAGGGGGUGAUGCUUAGCCAUGACAACAUCACGUGGACGGCGGGGUCGGUGGCGAGGGACUUCCAUCUGGCUUACGCUCCUGAGAAGCAGGAGGUGGUGGUCAGCUACCUUCCUCUCAGCCACAUCGCAGCUCAGAUGAUGGAUGUCUGGAUACCCAUGAAGGUCGGGGCUUUCAUCUACUUUGCUCAACCAGAUGCACUCAAGGGCACUUUGGUCAACACGCUGCAGGAGGUAAAGCCUACCGCCUUCCUGGGGGUGCCCCGAAUUUGGGAGAAGAUGCAUGAGAAGAUAAAGGAAACUGUUGGCAAAUCUUCAAGCUUGAGGAGAAAGGUGUUCUCAUGGGCAAGAAAUAUAGGCUUCAAGGUCAACUCAAAAAGGAUGCAAGGGGGACAUGACAAUCCCAUGAGCUACCGCAUGGCAAAGGCCCUCGUGUUCACCAAAAUCAAGAAUUCCCUUGGCCUGGAUCGCUGCUGCAUUUUUAUCAGCGGGGCCGCACCCCUCAACCAAGAGACUGCUGAGUUCUUUCUAAGUCUGGACGUACCUAUAGGUGAGGCGUACGGUAUGAGUGAAAGCUCAGGACCCCAUUCCGCGUCCAGCCCAGAGAACUACCGGAUUCUAAGUUCCGGCAAAGUCACGACUGGGUGUAAGAACAUGCUGUACCAGCAGACCAAGGACGGCGUUGGGGAAAUCUGCCUCUGGGGCCGGCAUGUCUUCAUGGGCUACCUGGAGAGCGAGGACGCGACCGUGGAGGCCAUCGAUGAGGAGGGCUGGCUCCACUCUGGGGACCUCGGCCGCAUGGACAACCAGGGCUUCCUCUUUAUCACAGGCCGCAUCAAAGAAAUUAUCAUCACUGCUGGCGGCGAGAAUGUGGCCCCCAUUCCCAUCGAGAACCUGGUUAAGGAGAAGAUUCCCAUCAUCAGUAACGCCAUGUUAGUGGGAGAUAAGGCCAAGUUUCUGAGUGUCCUCCUGACGCUGAAGUGUGAGGUCGACAAGACGACUGGAGAGCCGCUGGACAGACUGACCUGGGAGGCCAUCAGGUUCUGCCGGGAUGCAGGCAGCCAGGCAACCACCGUGUCCGAGAUCUUGGAGCUGCGAGACCCUUUGGUCUACACGGCCAUCCAGAAAGGCAUAAAUGCCGUGAAUCAGUGUACCAUCUCCAACGCGCAGAAGAUUCAGAAGUGGGUCAUCUUGGAGAAGGACUUUUCCAUCAGUGGCGGGGAGCUAGGUCCAACGACAAAGAUUAAAAGACAUUUCAUAAUGCAGAAAUACAAAAAGCAAAUCGACAACUUCUAUCAGUGACGUCAUUGGCAGAGCUGCUCCCGGCUGCCCCGAUGCCUCCAAGAGGAAGACCCCAUCACGAUGUGAUUUGCUGCUCUGGGCAGGGACUUGAGUCUCUCGUGUUUGUAAGAAGUCAGAUUCCCCAUGGGUCAGUCUCUUUGUCAUCCACCUGUUGAAGAGGUACCCCCCUCUCAGACCUGCCAUGCCUCUUGAAGCGACAGGGCCAUCACAGACCUCUGAAUUCCCAUGAACCUUCAGGGCGUGAUCCUGGGAAAGCUGAUGGGGAGGUCUCUGAAGAACUGCCUGUUUUAAAGAAAGAGCUGACCUUGUGGGUUCCAACUGGCUUUUCUUCCUCUUCGGAGGAUUGACUUGAGACAUCAGAGAAGAAAAG